AUGCUCUGCAAGCAGAAGAACAAACUGUCUACUUCCACCCUGUGGAGGAAAUCCCUGCGCCCCAGCGCAGUGCUUGCAGUACGUGGCCUGGGAAGCAGGGAAGAGAAGACCGGCCCCGCUUCAGCUGAGCUCGGCAGCCCACGGCAGUGCUGGACGUGGCUCUGGCAGCGGCCGCGGGGAGCAGAGCCGCCGCAGCGGGUGGCCGGCCACGCUCUCCAGGGAGCCGCCAAGUCGGGGGCGAGCAGAGCAGAGCUGCGCUCCGCAUUGGGAAUAAGGAAGGAAACCCAGCGCUUGCUGGCAGAGCCAGUCCCUGGGAUAAAAGCGGAGCCAGAUGAAAGCAACGCACGUUAUUUUCAUGUGGUCAUCGCAGGCCCACAGGAUUCCCCCUUUGAGGGUGGGACAUUUAAACUUGAACUCUUCCUUCCAGAAGAAUAUCCAAUGGCAGCUCCUAAAGUACGUUUCAUGACCAAAAUUUAUCAUCCUAAUGUAGACAAGCUGGGAAGAAUAUGUUUAGAUAUCUUGAAAGAUAAAUGGUCCCCAGCCUUGCAGAUCCGUACAGUGCUGCUAUCAAUCCAGGCUUUGUUAAGUGCUCCCAAUCCAGACGAUCCAUUAGCAAAUGAUGUAGCCGAGCAAUGGAAGACCAAUGAAGCCCAAGCCAUAGAAACAGGAGCAAUCAUGGCAUGUGGUUGUAAUCCAGGACCCACAAUGGGGUCCACCUUCAGGCCUGCAAGCAAAGCCUGUCAGAGGAGUAGAAUGCUCUGGCCAGAGCAUGGACUAGGCUAUAUGCCAUGAAUAAUAUUUAAAUGCGCUUUGAACAUCAAGUGUGCAUCACUUCUCCUGUUCUGCCAAGACCUCUUCCUUUUUGUUUGCAUUUAAUGGACACAGUCUUAGAAACAUUACAGAAUAAAAGCCCAGACAUCUUCAGUCCUUUGGUGAUUAAAUGCACAUUAGCAAAUCUGUGUCUUGUCCUAAUUCACUAUUGUAACGCAUGAGCAGAGGCUAGAAGUAUCAUCUGGAUCGUUGUGAAAUUGUUUAAAAGCAGCAGCACAUCUCUGCUUUUAAUCAUUUCUCCCAUCAUGGUUUAAGUAUAAGCACUGUGAACGAAGGUAGGCAGGGUUAGCUGCGGGGCUUUUUUGUUUUAAUUUUGUGGGCUCCUCUUCCCUUUUUAUGGUGAUGCUAAUUGCAUUGGUUMAAGCAGCUAACCAGUUAUACUUUAGAAUAUACCCUCUAGCCCAGUCUAACUUAGACGCUGUAGAUGGACAAGCUUCAUUGUUUGAACAAAAAUGGGAACAUUAAACGAACAUCCAUCACCCUCACUAAUAAUAUUGUGAUUCUGCUGUCAAGUGUAGAAAAAUCCCUCCAGUCCCUCCAAGAAAAAGCUUGUGACCAUUUUGUAUGGCUUGUCUGGAAAAUCUCCUGUAAAUCUUAUGUUUUAGUAAAAUAUUUUUUGUUAUUCU